AUGGGUCCCUCGGUGCCUCCUUGCCUGUCCUUGCAGCAGACGUUCAGAAUAGCAGAGCCAGCAGAGGUCCUGGCGGAACAGGCACUGCCCUGGAGGUUGGCGGAGGGCGGGGAGAUUAAUUGCUCCUGCUCUCUUGGCCAGAGCGGGAAGCUAUGGGGCGGCCGGUUUGUGGGCGCCGUGGACCCCAUCAUGGAGAAGUUCAACGCGUCCAUCGCCUACGACCGGCAGCUGUGGGAAGUGGAUGUGCAAGGCAGCAAGGCCUAUAGCCGGGGCCUGCAGAAGGCAGGGCUCCUCACCAAGGCCGAGAUGGACAAGAUACUCCACGGCCUGGACAAGGUGGCGGAGGAGUGGGCCCAGGGCACCUUCAAACUAAAUCCCAACGAUGAGGACAUCCACACAGCCAAUGAGCGGCGUCUCAAGGAGCUCAUUGGUGAAACCGCAGGGAAACUGCACACAGGACGAAGUCGGAACGACCAGGUGGUCACAGAUCUCAGGCUGUGGAUGCGGCAGAACUGCUCGACGCUCUCUGCCCUCCUCCGGGAGCUCAUCAGAACCAUGGUGGACCGGGCAGAGGCGGAACGGGACAUCCUCUUCCCAGGGUACACACACCUGCAGAGGGCUCAGCCCAUCCGCUGGAGCCACUGGAUCCUGAGCCACGCCGUGGCACUGACCAGAGACUCUGAGAGGCUGCUGGAGGUGCAGAAGCGGAUCAACGUCCUGCCCCUGGGGAGUGGGGCCAUUGCAGGCAAUCCUCUGGGUGUGGACCGGGAGCUGCUCCGAACAGAACUCAAAUUUGGGGCCAUCACUCUCAACAGCAUGGAUGCUACCAGUGAGCGAGACUUUGUGGCCGAGUUCCUGUUCUGGGCCUCGCUGUGCAUGACCCAUCUCAGCAGGAUGGCUGAGGAUCUCAUCCUCUACGGCACCAAGGAAUUCAGCUUUGUGCAGCUCUCCGAUGCCUACAGCACUGGAAGCAGCCUGAUGCCCCAGAAGAAAAACCCAGACAGCCUGGAGCUGAUCCGGAGCAAGGCGGGCCGAGUGUUUGGACGGUGUGCUGGGCUCCUGAUGACCCUCAAGGGACUUCCGAGCACCUACAACAAGGACUUACAGGAGGACAAGGAAGCCGUGUUUGAAGUGUCAGACACCAUGGGUGCCGUCCUCCAGGUGGCCACUGGCGUCAUCUCUACGUUGCAGAUUCACCGUGAGAACAUGGUGCAGGCUCUUAGUCCUGACAUGCUGGCCACUGACCUCGCCUACUACCUGGUCCGCAAAGGGAUGCCAUUCCGCCAGGCCCACGAGGCCUCUGGGAAAGCAGUGUUCAUGGCGGAGACCAAGGGGGUCGCCCUCAACCAGCUGUCGCUGCAGGAGCUACAGACCAUCAGCCACCUGUUCUCGGGCGACGUGAGCCAGGUGUGGGACUAUGGGCACAGCGUGGAGCAGUAUUCUGCCCUGGGUGGCACCGCCCGCUCCAGCGUCGACUGGCAGAUCAGCCAGGUGCGAGCGCUGCUUCGGGCCCAGCAGGCCUAGGUCCCCCACCCCGCUCCCCAAUAAAGUGCGCCUCGAGGAGGCUGCUGCCUGUCUCCUGCC